UCAGUUAUGUUCAAUAAUUUACCGCUGAAAGAAGUAUGACUUUCCUGCUUUGGGUUGGACUUUAUCCCAUUAUAUUUGUUUCUUGGACUUCAGGCGCCCUUCUUUCCUCAGAUCCUGUGCUGAUGUUUGCAAAAGAAGGAGACAGAGUUAUUUUGCCGUGUGGUUUAUCUGUUGGAUCCUGCUCUUCUAUGAACUGGACUGAGAAGUUUCUAGCAUGGGAAAAUGAAUUGGUGACGGCUGGAAAAGUGACAGAUUCAAACGAAAAGAAGUACCAUCUGUUGAAAGAUUGCUCCCUGGAGAUCUCUCAUAUGGAACGUAACUAUGCGACAAUGUACUACUGUAAACAUGGAGAACAAAAUUGGGGAGUUUUUCUUCAGAUCAUUGAUAUUAAUGAAUCCCAAACUGCUGCUGAGGACACAAUAGAACUGCACUGCUCCCUCAGUAGAUAUACAGGCUAUGUCCCCUGUAAUGACACAAGGAUUCAUAUCAAUUGGACCACCGCCGGUGAUGUUCCUAUAACUGGUAAAAGAUUUCGAUUUGAAAAUCCAUCUGUUUGCUUCUCCAAACUGAUCAUCACCAAAAAAAUCACCGACCAUCACAGAACAUGGAAAUGCCAAGUAGUCCUGAAUGAGGAGGUGAAAGCAACUGCCAGUUAUGAGACAAGAGUAAAAGAGGGGCUGGAGGAAGUGUUUACUCCUGUUGGUGAGUCAGUGUCACUUCUUUGCAGAAACACUUCCUCUCUCAGACUUGGAGACAGCUUAGUGUGGGCUUUGAAUAAAAAAACACUGGCUAAUAUGUUAGUUGAAAAAAAUCAUGUGAGCAAAGACUCAUCAUUAGUAAUCAGUAAACUAAGUCCACUGCAUGCCGGAGACUACCAGUGUAUGGCUUCUUCAGAAGAGAGAAUUGUGUUUCAUAAAAUCAGGCUGCACACUCUGGAUGUUUUAGCAGAUACUGAUCCUGCAGGAGGAAAUCUCACUUUGACCUGUGUGCUCACAUGCGCUAAAGAAUGUGAAGAAAACUUCAACUUAUCUUGGUCUGGAAGUAACCAAGAGGACUGGCGAGGCAGAUUAUUGAAUGUUAAUAACACUUUGCUUAAUAAGCUUCGUCUCUCAGUUUGGCCAGAUGAAAUAACCUGCUCUGUGUACAGAGAAGGCUCCCUGAUGGCAUCCAAAAGUUGGCACUCUGUUAAAUCCAAACAGAUCCUCACAUGGAUGGGUCUCCUUCUGGGCCUUUUAAUGUGUGCAGUAACAGGAGGACUUUUUAUUUACUUUAAGAGGAACAAGGAUCCGUGUACUGAAUCUGGUAGCGGAACACCUCCCCUCAACUUUCCCUUUUGGAUUAUGUAAUAAAUGCUAUAACUUCUUUUUUUUCUCUCUUUGU